CAGCCCGGCAUGCUAAUGAGGCGGGGCGCGGCGGCUGGCUGAGGAGCUGCUGGGCGGCGGCGGCGGCGGGCUUGGAGCUGCCGGGCGGGAGCGGCGUAGGCGCGGGGUCACUCACAGCACGAACCUGGACAUGGAGCCGCCCGGCGGGGGCCCGGGGCCCGGCCGCGGGACCCGGGACAAGAAGAAGGGCCGGAGCCCGGACGAGCUGCCUUCGGCGGGCGGCGACGGCGGCAAAUCCAAGAAAUUUACUCUGAAGCGGCUCAUGGCAGAUGAGCUGGAGAGAUUUACCAGCAUGAGAAUUAAGAAGGAGAAAGAAAAGCCUAAUUCUGCUCAGAGAAAUUCUUCUGCAUCAUAUGGGGAUGAUCCCACAGCACAGUCAUUGCAGGAUGUUUCAGAUGAGCAAGUUCUAGUACUCUUUGAACAGAUGCUGUUGGAUAUGAACCUGAACGAGGAAAAACAGCAACCUUUGAGGGAGAAGGACAUUAUCAUCAAGAGAGAGAUGGUGUCCCAGUACUUGCACACCUCCAAGGCUGGCAUGAGUCAAAAGGAGAGCUCUAGGUCAGCCAUGAUGUACAUUCAGGAGCUGAGGUCGGGCUUGCGGGAUAUGCCUCUGCUUAGCUGCCUGGAGUCCCUUCGUGUCUCCCUCAACAACAACCCUGUCAGUUGGGUGCAAACAUUUGGUGCUGAGGGCCUGGCUUCCUUGUUGGACAUCCUUAAACGACUUCAUGAUGAGAAAGAUGAGACUGCUGGAAGCUACGAUAGCCGUAACAAGCAUGAGAUCAUCCGCUGCUUGAAAGCUUUUAUGAACAACAAGUUUGGAAUCAAGACCAUGUUGGAGACAGAAGAAGGAAUUCUGCUGCUGGUCAGAGCCAUGGAUCCUGCUGUUCCCAACAUGAUGAUUGAUGCAGCUAAGCUGCUUUCUGCUCUUUGUAUCCUACCACAGCCAGAAGACAUGAAUGAAAGAGUUUUGGAGGCGAUGACAGAAAGAGCUGAAAUGGAUGAGGUGGAACGUUUUCAGCCACUGCUGGAUGGAUUAAAAAGUGGGACCUCCAUUGCUCUCAAGGUGGGAUGCCUACAGCUGAUCAAUGCUCUCAUCACACCAGCUGAAGAACUUGACUUCCGAGUUCACAUCCGAAGCGAACUGAUGCGCUUGGGGCUGCAUCAAGUGUUGCAGGACCUUCGAGAGAUUGAAAAUGAUGAUAUGAGAGUGCAACUAAAUGUGUUUGAUGAACAAGGAGAAGAAGAUUCCUAUGACCUGAAGGGACGGCUGGAUGACAUUCGAAUGGAGAUGGAUGAUUUAAAUGAAGUCUUCCAGAUUCUCUUAAACACAGUGAAGGAUUCAAAGGCAGAGCAACACUUCCUUUCCGUCCUGCAGCACCUACUCUUAGUCCGAAAUGACUAUGAGGCCAGACCACAGUACUAUAAGUUGAUUGAAGAAUGUAUUUCUCAGAUAGUUCUGCACAAGAAUGGGGCUGAUCCUGACUUCAAGUGCCGGCACCUCCAGAUUGAUAUUGAGGGAUUGAUUGAUCAAAUGAUUGAUAAAACAAAGGUGGAGAAAUCUGAAGCCAAAGCUACAGAGCUGGAAAAAAAGCUGGACUCAGAGUUAACAGCCCGACAUGAGCUACAGGUGGAAAUGAAAAAGAUGGAAGGUGACUUUGAGCAGAAGCUCCGGGAUCUUCAGGGAGAAAAGGAUGCAUUGGAUUCUGAAAAGGAAAAAAUUGCCACAGAGAAACAGAACCUGGAAGCAGAAGUGUCUCAGCUCACAGGAGAGGUUGCCAAGCUGUCCAAGGAACUGGAAGAUGCCAAGAAAGAAGUGGCUUCACUCUCCACUGCAGUUACUGCUUUAGCCCCUCCUAACAGUGCUACUUUUCCCCCUGCCCCUCCUUUACCUGGUGACUCUGAACCUGUCAUUCCCCCCUCACCCCCUUUACCAGGAGAGGUUAGCAUAGCCUCCACACCCCCUCUUCCUGGGGGUGGGGCCAUUCCUCCUCCACCACCUCCUCCUCCUCCUCUGCCUGGGGGUGCCUACAUCCCCCCACCCCCUCCUCUGCCUGGGGGUGCCUGCAUCCCCCCACCUCCCCCUUUGCCUGGGGGUGCCUAUAUCCCCCCACCCCCUCCUCUGCCUGGGGGUGCCUACAUCCCCCCACCCCCUCCUCUGCCUGGGGGUGCCUGCAUCCCCCCACCUCCCCCUUUGCCUGGGGGUGCCUGCAUCCCCCCACCGCCUCCUCUGCCUGGGGGUGCCUGCAUCCCCCCACCUCCCCCUUUGCCUGGGGGUGUUGGCAUCCCCCCACCUCCUCCUCCCUUGCCUGGAGGACCAGGAAUGCUACCUCCCCCUCCCCCUCUUCCUGGUGGAAUCCCUCCACCCCCUCCAUUUCCUGGAGGCCCUGGUAUUCCUCCACCUCUCCCUUUUGGAGUUCCUGCAGCCCCAGUUCUGCCAUUUGGAUUAACCCCAAAGAAACUUUACAAGCCAGAGGUACAGCUCCGGAGGCCAAACUGGUCCAAGUUUGUCGCUGAGGACCUUUCCCAAGACUGCUUCUGGACAAAGGUGAAGGAGGACCGAUUUGAGAACAAUGAACUUUUCGCCAAACUUACCCUUACCUUUUCUGCCCAGACCAAGAGUGAGUCCUUUCCUCUUUCAUGCAAAGGGCGAGUGUAGGACUUAGAACAUUUGUUAAGGGGGUCUCCCAUUUCUUUCCCUUCCCUGGGUGAGGGUUGAAGAGAGCUGGGAGUUCCUAUUCAGAAGAAAAUAAGCUGGUUUUGUAUUCUGGGGAUGCUGGAGUUGGCAAAGAGAA